AUGGCUCAAUUGCCACCAAAAGUUCCAAACAUGACACCCACUUGGUCAGAGUUUACUACUCACCAAAAGAUGUCUUUCCUCAAAACAAUGACACCAAACAUGUCAAACCAAAACCCUUCGUGGGUGGAUGAGUUUGUAGACUUCUCUGCGGCAAGGCGUGGUGCUCACCGACGGGCUGUCAGUGACUCUAUUGCCUUUCUUGAGACACCAGCACUGGAUCAUCAUUGUAAAUGCCGUGCAAGUGGUGACGAUGACAACGAGUUUGAAAGGUUUGAUGAUGAACAAUUCAUGUCCAUGUUUAGUGAUGAGGCUUCAGGAAAUAAUAAUAACAACACGACGGCACCCACAUUGUCCUACUCCAACCCUUCUACACCCUCUGACCACAACAGCAUCAACGAUGAGCAGAAAAUGAACAAGGAAAAGGAGGAGGAAGAGGAGAAGAACCAAGUGAAGAGUGAAUCAGAUGAAGAUGAAAGCCAAUGCAAGCAAGAAAUCACAGAAACUCCAGAUGAUUGUAAUAAUAGUAAUGCAAAUGCGACAACUUGUUCCAGUGAGAAAAUCACAGACCCCAAGAGGGUCAAAAGAAUCUUGGCAAAUAGACAAUCUGCACAAAGAUCAAGAGUGAGGAAGCUGCAAUACAUAUCUGAGCUUGAACGAAGUGUGACUUCAUUACAGGCAGAAGUUUCAGUACUGUCUCCGCGGGUUGCAUUUUUGGAUCAUCAACGUUUGCUGUUAAAUGUGGACAACAGUACUUUGAAGCAAAGAAUCGCCGCGCUGGCCCAAGACAAGAUCUUCAAAGAUGCACAUCAAGAAGCACUGAAGAGGGAGAUAGAGAGACUGAGGCAAGUGUAUCACCAGCAAAACAUAAAGAAUAUGGACAAUGCUGCAGGAUCACCAUCCCAAUCCCCAUUACCAUCUCCAAAACCACUAUGUGAUACACACACUGAGAAGGAACAGCUUAUCAAUGUUUGA